AUGCAUGAAAAGUAUCUCUCGGAGAUUGAAUCUGAAGCUGCUCUCAAGAAUCUUGACUUUGCCCAAAAAAGAGCCUUGGAGUUUACAUUCAUUUUCCAGUUGGUGAGGCACCAAGACCUCUUCACAUUUGAAUUUGCCGCUGCAACAUCCAUGGCGUGUAUCUUAUUAGCAGCAGGGUCUAUCACGAAGAGGAAGGAUUUUGCCAUCCCUAUUGCACCGCUAGUCAUGUGGGCCGGAUAUAGGUAUGAGAACGCGUUUGGAGAAAAUCAUGAAGUGGUUAAAGACAAGGCUGAAGCUUUGCUGAAGAAAGGCGACCCAAGGUUGAAUAUGGUCGGAGGACCUAUUACACUGAAAGAAAUUGAUGCUUAUCGAGAACGACAUUUCGGAUAA